AUGCAGGCCCUUGUUCCGGAGUAUUCAGAAAGCGAGCAGAUCGGGGACUACAUGCAGAUUGUGGUCAACUUUGGAUUCGUGGCGAUGUUUGGCGCCACGUGUCCCUCCGUAACGGCGCUUUGCUUUUUGUCCAGCUUGCCCAUCAAGCAGCUCCUCGCGUACAAGUACAGCUUCGCACGCAAGCGCGCGAUCCCCCGAGGAGCAGAAGGAAUUGGAUCCUGGAAUUCUAUUUUGAGAUUCGUGGCUUAUGCUGGAGUUACUUGCACAUGCUACAUUGUGGUGUUUGUCUACAACAUCGAAGCUGCAGAUACGAUGAGAUGCACAUUCCUUUGCUUCGUCAUUUCCGAACAUGCAGCCUGGCCAGCCAAACAACUCCACCACCUGGUGUCAUGUUAG